UAUGAGUGAAUAAACAAGUUUAGAACGAAUUUAAAUAAUGUUACUUUCUUGUCAGUCAAAUGAAAAUUCAAAAUUGUCUUUUCACGUUCAACAGCUGCACUCAUCGUUUUUAAUAUUAGAUGACGUCAUGGAUGGCGGGAAAGUGCGACGUGGGAAGCCAAGUUGGCACCUGCAUCGAAGUGCCAGCGUGUACGCUGUCAACGACGCGUUUAUGAUACAACAAGCCACGAUGGAUGUCCUUGAAGCAUACUUCAGGAAUUUACCCAUUUAUAACGACUUGAUUAGUUACUUUAAUGAGGCAGUCUAUCGAGUUACAAUGGGCGAGCAUAUAGAUCUAUGUUCAAACUACAACAAGGAAAUUGACAAUAUGGAAAUAUUUAACAUGAGCCGCCUCGAUGACAUUGCCCUUAACAAGUCCUCGUUCUAUACAUUUAAGUUGCCAAUUUUUGUCGCUCUCUUUCUUGUCAAUAAUGGACAGAACAUGGCUACCACAGAACUACAUCAGUUUUGUAUAGAGUUAGGAAGAUUGAUGAUAGUUCAGGACGAUUACAUGGACGUAUAUGGUUGUGUAAAAGUCACGGGCAAAAAUGGUAGAGAUAUCCAAGAAGGAAAAAGCACCUGGCUCGCAGUUACAGCGCUGCAGCGCUGCAACUCCGCUCAACUUUCGAUCUUCAAAGAAUACUACGGUAGCAAUGACUUGGAACAUGUGCAGCGCAUCAAGCAGCUUUAUGAUGAACUGAAGCUGCCUGAUGUGUAUGAACAAUAUGAGCUCAAAAUGUAUAAACGUUUGUUGCAUCGAAUAAGCGAGGUAUAA